AGCAGGGGGAGAGGAAUUCACCAGCUCUCCAGACCAGCAAAUCCUCUCCUCACCAUGCUUCCUCCUACCAUUCAUUUCUAUCUCAUUCCCUUUGCAUGCAUUCUCAUGAAAAGCUGUUUGGCUUUUAAAAAUGAUGCCACAGAAAUCCUUUAUUCACAUGUGGUUAAACCUGUUCCAGCCCACCCCAGCAGCAACAGCACGAUGAAUCAAGCUAGAAAUGGAGGCAGGCAUUUCAUUAACACUGGACUGGAUCGAAACACCCGAGUGCAAGUGGGGUGUCGGGAAUUGCGUUCCACCAAAUACAUCUCCGACGGUCAGUGCACCAGCAUCAGCCCUCUCAAGGAGCUGGUUUGUGCUGGGGAAUGCUUGCCCUUGCCAGUGCUCCCCAACUGGAUAGGGGGAGGCUAUGGAACCAAGUACUGGAGCCGGAGGAGCUCGCAGGAGUGGAGAUGCGUCAACGACAAGACAAGGACACAGAGGAUCCAGCUGCAAUGUCAGGAUGGAAGCACUCGCACCUACAAAGUCACCGUGGUCACCGCCUGCAAAUGCAAGAGGUACACGCGACAGCACAACGAGUCCAGCCACAACUUCGAGAGCAUGUCGCCUGCCAAGCCAGCCCAGCAUCACCGAGAACGGAAAAGAGCCAGCAGCAAACCCAGCAAGCACAGCCUGAGUUAGAAGUCAGACUCAAAAAAUGAGAGAGAGAGAGAGAGAGAGAGAGAGAGAGAGAGAGAGAGAGAGAGAGAGAGAGAGAGAGAGAGAUGAGUGAGAGAGAGAGAAGAGUGAGAGAGAGAGAGAGAGAGAGAGAGAGAGAGAGAGAGAGAGAGAGAGAGAGAGAGAGAGAGAGAGAGAGAGAGAGAAAACCACCUUAAAAAAUGAACUCGGUGGUAACCAAGCAUCUACUUUACAGAUUUUGGUGCUUGGAAGACUCAAGCCUGCCAUUGCUAUUUUCUCACUUGAAAAUAGAUGCUUUCCGCUCUGAUGGGCUUCAUCCAUUUGUCCUAAGUAGCAGGACCUUCUUUAGGGAAAAAAAAAAAAAUUCUGCUUUCAAGUUUGGCAAGAUGUAUGCCUGUUCCUGAACUCCAUUUGCAUUAAAUUCCAUGAACCCCUGAGUUUGAAUUCUCUGGUAUUCUGUAAAAAAACAAACAAACAAACAAACAAACAAACAGGUGAUACUAGAUCUAUCUACUUGCAUAGAUAUCACAACUUUUGAAAAGAGAAAAAGCCUACCAGUUUUUAUUCUACAAUGUCCAAACCCAAACCCGAAACUCCUUCAGAACUGAGAAGUUAAUAAAAAUGGUUGCAUUCAACAGAAACACUUGAGAAAGGUGCUUGUAGGUCAUGUGCAAGGUAACCGUUAUCAAAAGGAGUAGACUUCCUUUGAAACGGUGGAAGACCCUGUAACAAUUUCCUUCAAACAUAAGCCCUGUAAUUUUUUACAGUCUUACCAUAUGAAAUUGUACCCUGCAUGCUUACCCUAGCUUGGAAUGGAAUGCCAGGAAUGCAUGGGCAGCAGCUAAUAAGUAAAGCUGAUUAACUAUUUAUUUGUCAAUGUUAUUAUUUAAUAAGCUUUCACAUGUGAUUUUUUUUCAAAAUAUUAAUUUUGUAUGUUUGGAAGCUUUUUCAUAUAUCUAAAUAUUUUUCCUGUAUGAUUUGUGACUGAUCUAGAAGUAUGAGAGUUCUUUUGUAGAUAUGUAAAAUAAGUAUUUUAGUCUCCUAAUUGCAUAUAUGUUCCUUCUUAAACUGUAUGAAUCAUAUGGAUCUUUUAAAAUCUAUAAGAUGCUUUGUGAGGCUGACUUAUGUAAUACUUUCUUGUUUUAAUCUGUGCAAUGAAAAGGUGACCUGGCCUUCAGUUCCAUUGGUUUCUUUGAACAAAAAUAAACACUACUUACUACUAA